AUGAACACAGUCAAAUCAGUCUACUACGGGUGGGCGACGCUCAUCGCCGCGGGCGGAGGCGCGUACUACUUUGCGAAGAAGUCGAUCAACGCCGACCGGGCGCAGAAAGCGGAGAUGGACCGGGCCAAGCGGCAGCGACAGUAUUCGCUCGAGCAAGCGCACGGGCUGCACGGCGAGGGUAUGGCGUCGUCGAACCCGACGGUCAGCCCCAACGCAGUGGUCAGCGCGGACACGGCGGCGCCGCGGGCGGCGGACAAGGGUGCGCUCGCCGGCGAGAUCAGGCGCGAGGACAGGGCGCACGAGGACAGUGGGAAUCCGAGCUUGCAGGCCAGUCGCGAUCCGGCGGCGACGCGGCAUGCGGCUGAGAUGGAGGGGAGGGAGAAGAGCAAGUACGAGGCGAGCGGUGUGUACAGGAGCAGGAAGGGCGAUCGCUUUUCGUGA